AUGUUGGCUUGUUGGCCAAAAAAAACAGAGAAAGUUUCAUGGGCACCUUAUCUAAAAGAAUAUAUUUCCAAUGGAUAUGCAGAACAUCCUGACUUGUACACUGAUGACUUUCGUGUGCUCGAUGAGCUUAGAAAUGACUGUAUUUAUAUGGAGACAAACGAAAAGGCAUUAAACAGACUGACAAAGUAUUAUGCUCAGCUUGUGUUUAUUAGUGCAAAGUUUCCUAUUGAUGUUUGUAUCAAGUGA